AUCGCCUGCUAGGUUGUCGUAGUGCCGUGCCGUCGGCUAAUACCAGCAAAUAUUAUGUCCCUCUAGACAUGCCAUCAAGGACAAUAUCCUCUCCAAUCGACGCCCGGGGAGCUCGCCAUUUUGUUCGAAACGCUGGCCAACGGGGGAAUUCCUCAGGGGCAUAGUCAACAUGAUUGCACGCGCCUAGCUAAGAUGGUGCCGAAUGCUCGACACAGCGACCCGAACCCCACAGCCAUGCUCCUCACACCCACGCACCCACCAGUCCGCGAGAGGCGGCGUCAACGAAAACUAUGCCACAUGUUUCGUCUGGGCGCUGUGGCGUCCGGUGGGGCUCCCUCUGCUCGGCGGGCAGACUGCUCCCGGAGACCUCACAUCGGACACAUUGCCAGAUGCAGCGGCAAUAUCCUCUCCGGCUUUCUCUCUUGAGCAGGACACGCUGCCGUCGUGCCUCAAGAUUGACAGUCAAUAUCUCCGGGGCCAACAGAAUCUGAGGAAAAUGGGACGGAGACGUACCUGGCAUCGGCUGAAGAGAAUGUGGUCCACAUCUGUUAGGAAGACUAAUUCAAGCUCAUGCUCGCCUGCACAUUCAGGGGACCGGCUUGCACUUGCAGAUCAGAUGCACCGGGCCGCAGGAAGUACUUCCCCGGCCGAAUCAACAACAUUUGCGUGCCCGGGGCUGGGCCUGUCGUGCAUGAAAAAAAAGAGAUAUAUUAUCUUGUGGGUGGGUGCAGGAAGUAGCACCAGCGGAUGCGAGAGAUCGAGAAAAGUUGCCGUCAGGGUAAGCUGCAUCUCGCCGAGCGCCUCUGCACUUUGCUUUUCUUGAGAUAUGUGAGGUGUCGCGCGAGUUCCCAAUCGACAUGUUCAACUCGGUGCUCAAAGGUCGGCCUUGCAUUUUUGUAUUUUACACCAGUUUUAAUUACCGUAAGUUACCA